UAUAAAUUACUACCCAUAACUCAUUCCACUGUUUCCGCAGUCGCUGUUAGUUUCUGUCAGCAUUUCCAUUUCAUUUUCACUUGCCACGAACUCAUUGUAAAUUCAACCAAUUGGUGUUCCUCACCCAUUCUUAACACAAUCGAAGGUUGUUAUAACACUAUUUUCCUUAGAUGAUACUGAUCAAGAUGAUUAAUCGAGCUCAAUUAUGGUUAAUCCUGAGCACAUGGAUUCUGAUCUCACCAUCAACAUCAAAUGCAGAAACAGAUGAGGUGCGAAACGCACUCGCCCUGUUCAUGAAGACGAUUUCCCUCGGGAAUGCGGAAGCCAACUGGGGUUGGAACGCCACUUCCGACCCAUGUAACGACGGAUGGAAAGGAAUCACGUGUUACAACAACACGCCCACCGUCAGGAAAAUAGUCCUCGACGACCUCAACCUCACGGGGACCAUCGACGCCGCCGCCCUCUGCGCCGCCGCUUCAUUGACCGUCCUCAGCCUCAACUCCAACCGCGUAGCCGGACCGCUGCCGGAGGAUAUAUCAAAAUGCAGAAAACUCACUCACAUAUAUCUCCACGGAAACAGCUUGUCAGGAAGCCUUCCUGCUUCUCUCUCUAGGCUGAAUAAUCUCAAGAGAUUCGACGUCUCCGGCAACGGCUUCUCCGGCGGCAUCCCGGACUUCUCGAGGAUCUCCGGCUUGCUCACUUUUCUCGCGCAGAAUAAUCGGUUGAAUGGAAGCAUGCCGAAUUUCGACUUCUCCAAUCUCGACGACUUCAAUGUCUCCAACAACGAUCUCAGCGGCGCCAUCCCCGACGGCGGCGGCGGUUUUAACGCGUCGAGAUUUUCAGGCAAUCCGCGGCUGUGUGGGCCGCCGUUGCCUAAUACUUGCCCGCCUCCGCCUAGAAAGAAAAGUGCUUCAUCUAAGAAGGACUACUUCAUUUAUUCCGGAUACGCUUUGAUCGGCGUGAUCGUGGUGCUCCUCGUCGCGUUCAAAGUGAUGAAGAAAACCACGCGGAGAGAGAAGGGAGAAGCGGCGGCGAAGAAGGGGUUUGAGGGACACAGCAAGGUUAGUGGAUCGUCGAGCGAGUUGAAAUCAAGCGGCGAGAACAGGUCGGAGUUCUCGAUAACUCCGGAGCGCGGAAGGAAUUCUUCGUCGCUAACUGUGUUGUCUAGUCCGCUGAGGAAUGAUCUGAAAUUCGAGGAUCUGCUGCAGUCGCCGGCGGAGCUGAUUAGCCGCGCCAGGCACGGCAGCCUGUAUAAGGUGACGCUGGACGGCGGCGUGAAUUUGGUGGUGAAGAGAAUAAGGAAUUGGGAGAUUGGAAGAGAUGAAUUCACAAAAAGGAUGAAGAGGAUUGAUGAAGUUAGGCAUCCGAAUGUGAUGCCGAUUGUUGCAUUUUACUGUUCCAUGCAGGAGAAGCUCUUGGUGUAUCAUUUUCAAGAGAAUGGCAGCCUCUUCAACCUUCUUCAUGGAGGCGGAAACGGCGGGAAGUUUGAGUGGAGAAGCAGACUAAACAUGGCGGCCAAAAUCGCGGAGGCGUUGGCCUUCAUGCAGCAAGGCCUGAAAGGCGAGGGAAUCGCGCACGGCAACUUGAAAUCAUCCAACAUCUUGGUGAGCAAAGAGAGUAUGGAUCCCCUGAUAAGCGAGUACGGGCUGGCGGAGGUGGAGUCCGGCAACGACGGCAGCAGCACCUUAGAGAGAGACGUUUCGAGGGUGGGAGUUGUGCUGCUGGAGCUGUUGACCGGGAAAGUGGUGCAGACGAACGGGAUGGAGCUGGCGAGGUGGGUGAACAGCGCCAUAAGGGAGGAGUGGACAGUGGAGGUGUUCGAUAAGGCGCUGGUGGUGGAAGGAGCCAGCGAGGAGAGGAUGCUGCUGCUGCUGCAGCUGGCGCUAAGGUGCAUCAACGCUUCGCCGCAACUCAGGCCUACCAUUCAGGAAGUUGCUCAGCUCAUUAGCUCUAUAAAGGAGCAGGAGGAGGAGAGAUCUGCCAGCUUUGAAUCUUUGUGAGAAGAUGAUAUUGCUGUCAACGCUUCCGGAAUUUCCAGUUCCAUUCGUGUUUGGCCAUUCAUCGAGAUUGUAGAUGGCAUAUAUGUUUGCUUUUAUGUAUUCUUUUUUUACAUUAUGACCCACUUGACUUAAUAGAAAUAAAA